CACUGGCCUACCACAUAUCAAUACUUGUGUUUGUCUCUAUAUCUCACAGAAUCCGUCUUUUGAGAUAAAGAUAGUCACGAUGAGUUUUGGAAGUGGAGAUUCUAGUGGUGUUCUAAAUACGUUCCAGAAAAAAUUUGUAUCGCAGGAUGAUUUGGAUGAAAAAAGAAAGAAAAGACAGGAGGAAUGGGAGAAAGUCAGAAAGCCAGAAGAUCCAAAAGAGGCUCCAGAAGAGGAAUAUGACAACAGGUCAUUAUUUGAGAGGCUUGAGGAACAGAAGAACAAGAAAGAGGAAGAAUAUCAGGAACAAUGGGCUUUGAAAAAUCAGGUUAAAGGUCUUGAAGAAGAUGAGGUGGAGUUCUUAGAUUUUGUAUCAAAACGACAAGAAGAGUUAGACAAGGAGAGGUUGAAUGAAGACAGAGAGGUCCUCAAUGAAUACAGAAGUGCCAUAGCUACUGAAAACUUAGAAAAAGUGAACUCUGAUAGGAAGGCGUCGGAGUCCAAAGCUUCAAGAUCUGCUUCACAAGGGAAGAGAUCUCAACAUGCAUUGUUAAUGGGUGCUGUGAAAAGGAAAAGUACACUCUCGAACGAUGAACUUCAUGAAGAUAAAACUGACGAAAAUCCCGAGAAAAAGCAAAAGAUAUCUGAGAACAUGGUGGGUACCAGUCCCACAUCCAGUGCACUUGCAAAUAAUGGUUUUGCAAAAAUAAUUGGGAUCUUACCUGGAUUGGGAGCAUACGAUGACAGCAGUGAUGAAAAAGACAGUAGUUCAGACUCCACAUCUGAUGAUGAAGAGGGACUUGGUUUAAUGGCUCCAAGGAAAGUGGUGAUAGCUCACCAACAGUGAAGCUGACUUGGGAGGUACUUUGAUCUGUAGAUUUGUCACCUUAUGGAAGUUGAUAUAGACCUAGGGCCUGUUUAAAUUUUUGAAAAACUUUCAAAAGUUCGUUAAACGUUGGAACUGGAAAGAUACAGAGACUAGUCUACCCUUCAAUGUUGACAUUGUUUCUGACAUAUUAUCAGUGAUUUACUGAAAGCCAGAAUAGAGACAAACACUAACGUGAAUCCCUUUUACAGAUAUACUCGGCAAGACCACCAUUGAUUUUUUAAGCCUUUUAGCAGUUCAAUUGUCAAUGUUUGACUGCGACGCAUCAAAUACUGCGUGGGGUUGUGAAUCUGAUAUUUUGAUAUGAUAUUCCGGACAGUCGGGCAAGUAAAUGGUGAUAAGUAAACUGGUAGUUGACCACGGAUAUUUUUUGGAUAAUCGACAAAUUGGACAGACAUUGAUAUUUCCACUCUUUUCAGCCAACUGGCAGAAAAAUCUCAAAACACGCCCCCUAUUACCAAAUUAGCAAAAUUCAAAAUUAAUUUUUUCAUCAAAUAAUUUCUUAAUAUCUGUAGACUUGCCACUGCAAAUAUUUUUUCAAUACCUCUCCAGAUAUGUACUUGAGAGUUAAAAACAUGCACUCGUGUAAUUGAUAGGCCUGCCCUCAAACCUAUGAAUAUUCAUUGGUGGUAUUGUCUCUGAUGCACGGUUAGCAUAGGGAGCAUUCAUUAAGUAUCGCUUGAUUACUUAGUGAAUGGUGAAUUAGUGAAACGCUGACAUGGCUCACAGGUGGGAAAGUGGCACGGGAAUCAGCUAAAAACCUCGCAGUGGGGUGUCAUCAGAACAAAGUCAAGUUUAUCGCAUAUAAGUUCCGGCUCAUGUGCAAUACGAGUAUGAUUCCCUUGAUUAUCACGGUAAUCAUUUAAGCAUUUAAGAAUUUUCAAAUUUGUUCAGAAAUAGUUCUUGGGUUGUGUAUGUACGCAAGACUAUAUUCCCCCCCCCCCCCCCCCCCCCUGUAGGUAUAGUGUACAGUUUUUCAUAGACCCCCCUCCCGUCAGUGCUUACGUACUUAAUGGAUGCUCCCAUAUCUUGCUUGCUUGUUUAUUUUCAGAAAAAUAUGUAAGCAGGGAUUAGGCAUUUGUUUGAAUAUGCAAGGUACAACUUUUUAUAGUGCAUUUUGAAAUAAAUUCUUGUGUACUUCUUUCUGUACGUAGACCAGAAUGAAGUCUUGUUAGUCUAUUGGCCAGCACGCCAAAAAAAUCGAAAUUCGCUUUUGAGCUGUUUUGAAUUUUUUGCUUUAGUAAAGUUCUAAGUUGUUAGGUUGCCAUGUCGGAGGGAAUGAAAAAUAAAUUUUGGCAAAAUUUGUGUACUUUAAAUAGAAGUAUUCUUGUCUUGAUUAAACUUUCAUACAGUAUUCUGAAUUCUGACUGUUCUUGUGUUAAGCAUUCUUAUAAAUUCUGCUGUGAUGCGACCUUCUAGAAUCCAAUCUUAUGAUGACAAAUUGCUCUUGAAUCAUGUUGGGUGCUUUCGGCGGGAAUAAAAAAACUAGUGAAUUUGUUCUUUUUAUACGCCCGUCGCAAGACGGAUGUAUUAUGGUAUAGGCCUGUAGUGCGUUGUUCGUCUAGGCUAUAACUUUAGAACUGCUAGAGAUUUCACUCUCAUUUUUGGUUAGUAGGGGAGUCUAUACAAUACCGCAGUGUCCAUCGUAGGCAUCUGUAUCCUGUAUCAAAAACAGUGGCACGUUUCUCAACCGCUUGAGCUAUGAACUUAAAACUUUGUACACCGAACCCCCCACGUCAGGUGACUUCAGACGCUGAAUUUUGGUCCGAUCCGAUUCCUGGCUUGGCCACUAUGGGGCCAAAAGUGGCAAUGAAGUCGUGGUCAGUGGUUGGAUGAUGUGGACGGGCAUGGUGAACAUUUACUGCCAGGAUGUUUGAAUAACGGAGGCAAGACUGUGUACAGUGUAUCGUUUCUGCUGAUACGUGGCCUUGCAAUCACUAAAGGAAUGGCACAAAUCGUAGUUUAUCGUGAUUGUGUCUUUAUUUCGGCCCGGCUUGUCGAGCACCCCAUCCGGUCUCACUCGACAGUUUUUGUCAUCAACACGCAUGGCCGAGAACGAACCACAGGCCCCCCGAGGUUACCCUUAACCAGCAACUGGAGAAUACAAUACACCUUGGGAGCGUAUGAUCAGCCCCGGCCAUACGCUAACAUACAAAAUUACUUGUACUAUGGGCGGUUUUAUCCGCAAUAAAUGGAGGUUGCAAUUUUUAUAUGGACGUUACCAAUUUUAUAAGGAGGUUGCAAAUUUGGGUGGUUAAAUUAAAGACGUUAGAAUUUAUGACAUUAACAAAUUUAAGACGUUAGUAAUUAUAGACAUGGCGAUUUACGAUGAAGACCAAUGUCGUCCUUACAGACGUGGUUUGAUACAGACUUUGUGUUAUACAGUCGUAUGUUUAACAGCUGUUGGGUGGCGCUCGUGUCGGAAAUGAAGGGAGUAGUUCUUGCAUGCUUGGAGAACAUGAAUGCAUUCUCGGUUCUGGGUGAUAGAAUUGAAAGAGUCGUCGGUGAAAUCAAAUUUGCUAUUGAGCAUGAAUCUGAAAUUGACGAUGCUGUCGAUUUUCAAUUAGAAAGUGUCGUGCGUGACAGUAUUGAUUUGUGUGUUGGAAAUGAAACCACAGAAAAUAUUUCGACCCUUCUUGCUGAAAUUCACAGAGUAUUUCGUGGUAUUAUCAAUGAUCAGCAAAGUGACGCCGGUGGGACUGCUGCUGCCCAACCCCCAAGAAAUAUUUCGCAAGGGCCUAGCGGUGGAAGACCUCGUUUUGAUAUCCCUAGGGAACAGAUGCAAUAUCUUUUGGGUAAGUGUCCGAGAUUUUUCGAUAGGCCUCGGCCUAUAUAACUAUAAUAAGAAGAAUAGGCUAGGCCAAAAGCUAGCUUAAAAAGAGA